AAAAGAGCUGUUAGCUUAGUGAAGUGCGUCACCGUACGUGCGCCCUCGUGACAAAUGGUGACUGCACCCGACAGCCCCAAGUGUCCUGUCAAACCUAUUUGCCUAUUCGCGUAGAUUGGCGUAGUUUACAUUAUUAUAUUCCAUUUAACUUUAACUUUAUUCCGUAUGAGCGUGUAUUAAUCAAUACGGGUGUUAAAAUUCAAUUGACAUAUGGUGUUUCAUUAAACAAGCGAAUCGUUGUUGCCGUGGAGUGCCCAUAUCCCUUAAGUGAGCUAGUGUGUUUGCUUUGUUCUCCGAAGUGACCUGAGUGAUGAAAAUGCUCUUAAAAAGUUAUAGAGAAAUUAUGGAAAAUUCAAUGCUUGAGGAGGAUCCAAAUGGCAAUUCUGCGAUCGAACAGUUAUUCACCUCGGAAAAGAAAUCGCCCCGAUGGGGUCCGCAAAAUAAGGGUGCACAAGAGCUUGCCAAAUUGUAUGGCCCAGGAAAACGCUUACAAGAGAUAAUCUGCGUUUAUUCAUGUAUUGCGCUAAUGUUUAUAGACCUGUUACUGAUCCUAAAGCAUAUACAUUUCGAAAGACUGAGUGUGGCUUGUGUGUCGGCAUUGUGCGGUAUUAUAACCGCCGAUUUUGGAUCGGGGCUAGUACAUUGGGCAGCAGACACUUGGGGUAGCGUGGAUUUACCUGUUAUUGGAAAGAACUUUUUGCGGCCUUUUCGUGAACAUCAUCUAGAUCCAACGUCCAUAACACGACAUGAUUUCAUUGAAACCAAUGGUGACAACUUCAUGGUCAGCAUACCCAUAUUGGGCUUUUUAGCAUACAGCUUUAACACUAAAUCACAUCAGGACAUUCAACAAGACUUUGGAUGGAUAUCAUAUUUAUUUUUGUGUUCAAUAUUCGUUGCCAUGACGAAUCAGAUUCACAAAUGGUCACAUACUUAUUGGGGCCUGCCGAGAUGGGUACUUUUCUUGCAAAACUAUCACAUAGUAUUGCCGCGAAAACAUCACCGCAUUCAUCAUGUCGCACCGCAUGAAACAUAUUUCUGCAUUACCACAGGCUGGUUGAAUUGGCCAUUGGAAAAAAUUAGAUUCUGGCCUGCGUUAGAAGCUAUUAUUGAAUAUUCAACUGGUUGCAAGGCACGUGAUGAUGACCUCAAGUGGGCCAAAAAAAUGACAUAACUGUGUUUGCGAGCAACGAAAAUUCAUAUGUUCAUCCUGUGGACUUUCAAGAAUACAUACAAACACAUGCACUUGAGCAAAUACGUAUGCAUGCGCAUGUAUGUAUUGUAUAACAUACAUCCACACAUACACACGUAUAACACCAGCAUUGGUAUUGUGAGAACUUCUUCAAUCACACAGAAAAAUUUAUUGAAAUCUUAUGAGCAUUUUUUAUUACGCUGAAUGUACAAAUGCUGAAUAUACAAAUCGCAUUAGUUUGCCUGUACUAAUUAGAACUUUUUAAGAUAUUUCAAACUCAUCCUUGCGUGCGUAUAAUAAGAUAGGCACACACACAUGCAGACAUACAUAUUGAACGAAAAAAAUGAAACAAAAAACAAAGACAAUUAACAUCAAAUAUCACAAGCAAUUAAUUUAAGUGAACACUAUAAGUGAAUUAGGAGGCUUUUUUUAUAAAUAUACACCACAUAGCGCAUAAUUAGGUGAAAAUAUCAUUUUUACAAUAUAAUUAGAAUACUACUUUUUAAGCUGCUUAAAAACUAUUUGUCAAUUGUUUAUAAAAUACCAAAGUAAUUUCGAGAUCAAAAAUAGUCAAAUAGCCAGUGAUCACUCAUACAUAUAUUUACUAGAGCUACUCACAUAAAUACUUAUGUUUCCGGCUCAAAACUAUACCAUGAAUCCCAAGAGUAAACCAUCUUUGUGGACAUUUGACAAGCGAAAAAAAAACUUUUCUCAAACUCAGCCAUCAGAAGAGCGAAAAACACAUUAAAUUCGAAAGAAACAUUUUCGUAUGUAUAUAAGGAAAUGUUAAGAACUAGCCUUAUGAAGAAAUAUUAUUGAUUCACGAUCAGUUUCCUUACUCUAUGACCGGUUUUUAGACAAUUAA